CAUCCAUGAUAGCAACUUCAUUCUGGCUAACGCCAGAGUGGUCGGGUACCCAAUCGUCUAUAGCAACGACGGUUUCUGCAAGAUGACUGGACGUACUAGAGCUGACGUCAUGCAGAAAAGUAGCACAUGUAAUUUCAUGUACGGGGACCUGACUGAUAAGGACACCAUUAAGAAAGUGGAGAAGGCGUUUGAGGACCAGACACCGUUGCAAGCGGAGCUGGUUAUCUACAAGAGAAACAGGACACCGAUGUGGUCUCUACUUCAAGUCGCUGCCAUUAAGAAUGAGAAAGGCCAAGUUGUACUCUUUCUGUGUACGUUCAAAGAUAUCACUUCGCUGAAACAGCCCAUUGAGGAUGAAACGGCGAAAGGAAUGGGAAGAUUCGCCCGGCUCGCUCGGACCGUCACUAGAAGUAAAUCGGUCCUCGUCCAAGUGGCUCAACAUCUUCCAAAUAUCAAAUCAGAACAGAGCACGCAAAAUCAAAUAUCACAAAUUGCACAUAUGAUGAGUCUGGAUGCCGAAGUCCUACCCCAGUACAAGAGAGAAGCCCCCAAGACACCGCCUCAUAUUGUCCUUCAUUAUUGUACUUUCAAAACAAUGUGGGACUGGAUCAUUCUGUUGUUGACCUUCUACACGGCUGUAGCCGUGCCGCUCAAUUUGGCCUUCGUGAUCCGUACUACCAAAGACUAUAUCGUCAUGGUUAUCGAUGGGAUAGUGGACAUCGUGUUCUUCAUCGAUGUCAUCCUCAAUUUCCAUACCACUUUCGUGGGCCCUGGGGGUGAGGUUGUAUCUGACCCCAAGGUCAUUCGAAUGAACUAUCUCAAAUCCUGGUUUAUUAUUGACUUACUAUCGUGCCUACCGUAUGACGUCAUCAAUGCGUUUCAACAACAAGAUCAGAAUUUCAGCAGUAUCUUCAGCGCCCUGAAAGUGGUUCGUCUGUUACGACUAGGUCGAGUUGUCCGCAAGUUGGAUCACUACAUCGAAUACGGUGUGGCGUUCCUUAUCCUACUCAUGCUAACGUUCGUCUUAAUCGCCCAUUGGUUUGCAUGUAUAUGGUAUUCAAUCGGAGUUGCAGACGCAGAAGCUAAUAAGACAUUUGGCUGGUUACGGAAGCUGUCUCGAGAGGUGAAAGAGCCGUACUACUAUAACGAGGACGGAGCUUUAAUGGGUGGACCUGACACGGAUGUGUUAUACAUAUCGUCGUUGUAUUACACGAUGAGCAGCUUCACCAGUGUGGGAUUUGGAAACAUCUCGGCUAGCACCGGAUUAGAGAAACUCUUCACCAUCCUCAUGAUGGUCGUUGGAUCCCUACUGUACGCUACUAUCUUCGGUAACGUCACCACAAUAUUCCAACAGUUUACCCAGAACACUGCCCGAUACCAUGACAUGCUCAACAACGUCAAGGAGUUCAUGAAACUGCACCAAGUGGAUAAGGGACUAUCGGAAAGAGUCAUGGAUUAUGUGGUAUCGUCAUGGUCGAUAAGCAAAGGCAUUGAUACUGAAAAGGUCCUGAGUUACUGCCCAAAGGACAUGAAAGCAGAUGUAUGUGUCCAUUUGAACCGGAAGGUCUUCAGUGAUCAUGCGGGCUUCCGGUUAGCCAGUGAAGGUUGCUUACGAGCCUUAGCCAUUAACUUUACAAUGAGCCAUAGUGCUCCUGGUGAUCUCUUGGUCCAUGUUGGAGAGAGCGUCAAUUCUUUGUGGUUUGUUGUGUCGGGAUCGUUGGAGAUCAUACAGGAUGAUGAAGUCGUAGCCAUUUUAGGAGCUGGUGAUGUUUAUGGCGACAUCUUUUGGAAGGACACCACGAUCGGCCACGCAGCGGCAAAUGUAAAAGCACUGACGUACUGUGAUCUACACAGCAUUAGACGGGACGAUCUGCUUGAUGUGUUGAAUUUCUACCACGCCUUCGCCAAUUCAUUCGCUAGAAACAUGGUCCUUACAUACAACCUCAGACACCGAUUGGUGUUCCGGAAAGUGGCUGAUGUAAAGCGAGAGCAGGCCGAGGCAGAGAAGCGAAAGAACGAACCACCCAUCCCGGCGGAUCAUCCCGUAAGAAAAAUGCUGAAUAAAUUCCGUAAACUCAGCGAUGUUCCCGAGAAGCGAACUCCUGGAAUGGCUAACGAUGUAGAGAAGGGGGAGAAUCAUGACAUAGGAGCGAUGUCUGUGCUGGCUCGUAUGAAAGGCCCCAUGUUAAGAAGAGUGCCUGAAAACAACAAUGCUAUUAAAGCUCCGGACAGAACUGCCAAACCAGCAAUCAACAAUGAGGAGAAACCAGUGAAGAAACCACCCGUUGAGAUGAACAACAAGCCGGUGUCUAAGUGGGGAGCCUUUAAGAAGCCUAACCAGCUCCGUAAGACGGAGUCUACGGACAGUGGUAUACUGAAGAGUGAUCAGAAACUGGAUGAGAUUGGUCGGAACGACAGUAAGGAAGGGACGAGCUCAAUGAGUACCUCUUCUACGGACCAGCAACUCCUCACAAGUCUCAUGGAAAUCAAAAUUGAACUGAAAGAUGAAAUCGAAAGUUUGAGCGUGAAAAUGAACAGAUUAGAUGAGCAAAUUGGAGACAUUAUUAAGUUCUUUUCGCCUGAUUCGUCUCCGUAUUCAUCUCAUGUGACCAGCUCCAACAGCUCUCGUGUCAGUUCAAUGAACGAAGUGGCGACUGGGUCUCCCCAAAAGUCAUCUAUAACAGUCAAAGUGCGCGAACAUGCUGAUGGUUCUUCAAGAACCAGCCAACAAAGUGAAUCUGGUUCCAACUCUAUGACUGCCUCCGGUUCCUCCGGACUGUCCGGUGACCGUAAGAAAUCUAAAGACAGUAGAAGGAACUCAAAUGGGUCACGUGGCUCAAGUGGUUCCAGACACUCGAGCUCUAGCGAGACACGACGUACUGGUACCCCUACGUCUCCACCCGAUCUCUCGGGUCCCCCUCCAGUAGAAAGCACCAACAUCUUAGCACUUCUGGAACCUGACAUUCAAAGGGAGUCUUUCUCAGACAUAGAGUCGCCCCCAAGCCCAGACACACAUGUGCCACAAUUUUAAUUUAAAAAAAAAGUAUAAUCUUAUUAAUGUUUACCAUUUUUAUAGACACAAUUUAAUGUAGUGUGUGUGAAAAUAUAGCGUAUACGCUAAGUAUAAUUCUCAACCAUACUUCACUGUGUAAACUAUACUGACUCUGAGUGGUUGGAUUGUUUCGAUGUAGCCGCUGAUGUGUGGAUGUUAUUAUGCAAUAAUUCAUAAUGCCGUUUUAUAUCACAAACGGCGGGUUGGUGUAUUAAAAAAAACUGGUUUAAAGUGCUUGUGAAAUUCACAGGGGUUCUCCUGUCAAUGGUAAACUUUGGAACGCUAGGUGGCAGCAGACUUACCAGGUAAGUUUCCAUUUACGUAGUUCUGAGCAUGCGU